AUGGAUGACAACCAGUGGCUAAGUGCUAGGGAGCCGAUUCUGCGCGAGCUGGUCGAUCAGUGGCUUCAGGACUGGGAGGUCGCGAUGCAGAAAUCGAUUUCUGGUAACCUGUGCAUGCGGCAUUUGGCGAGGUGGCUACGCUCAGAGCCCAAGUUCCUAUCAGGAAGGCCCUCGAGCGUCCUUCGCUGUUGCGACACGGUGGCGUGUAUUUGCUAUAGCCUCGUGAUUGGAAUUGUGCUCUACUUCAUUGUCUUCUUCAUCUUCAUCCUCCUGGCAGUUCUCUUGGAGCUCUUCCUGUAUCCGGCACUGUUCAUCUGCAAGUACCUGCCGUCGGGGCAGCGAGGUCCAUGCAUGAAGGAGUGCGACCCAGGCAUUCUUGGGUUCGUCAUGUUUGUCGGGUUUGGAUACGAGCCGUCUGUGUUUCAGUAUGUCUCCGAGCUCCUCUGCAAGCCCGAGAUGGCAGAGAGGAUGAACAGAAGCCUGCACGACAUGAAUGUGGGCUGCUACAUCGCGAUCGGCCAAUCUUGGCAGAAGGAUGAGAAUGGAAGGGAUUCUCUCGACGCGUGCUGGGACUGGUUCCUCCGCUGA